UAUCUUUUCCAUUUCCAUCACACCUCAACUAAAAGUGUAAUACGGAAUAAGAAAUUGCGGUGUCAUUCACUUUUCCAAGAAUAUUUGAUCAUCAAAAACUCCCAAUUCACUCUUUUCAUUAUUAUGAUUUUCUUGGUUAAAAAAGCUCCCCAACCUCUCUCUUUCUCUCUUUACUGCAUCAAAUUCUCCCUCAGUCGACACGUUAGCUUACCGGCAAGCAACAAAAUAAACACCUAAAAAAAAUUGAAGGUAAAAAAAAAAAAAGAGAAAAAAAAACCCACGAUGUGGGACUGGCUGCAUUCGUGGUGCUGUUCCCUUCCAACAACACGCCAAAAACCGCCCAAUCAGAGCCCGCUCCUCACCGCCACCGAGAAAAACGACGCCGCACCGCCCCCCAACUGCAUCUCCUUCUCCGCCGCCGCCGCCGAGAUGCUGACUUCCUGGCUGAAUCGCCGCCGUCGGAGGUACCUCCUCCUGAUCCUUUGCAGCCCCUUCCUCGUGCCCCUGCUGUGCGCCGCGUGCCCCAUCAUCUGUGCCGUGGAGCUCUGCUUCCUGAUGUCGCGGCGGCGGCGGAAGGCGGCAGCAGGGGAUCCGAGCGGAUCCGGAGAUGAGGUAGGGCUGCUGCAGAGAUACCUGGAAGAUCAGCUGACGCUGGUGGUCGGAGAGCCUGACGAAACCGACGGUUUGGGGGGAGAAGGAGGGGUCGAUGUGGAAUGUUUUGAUAGUGCGAGGGCUGUUUUCGAAUAGAGCGGAUUUUGACGAUUGGUCCUUUAGGUUGUUUUUUUUUGCGAUCUGAGCCUCUUUUAUUUUGUAAAUGUUAAAGUCAACCCCACAGCAGUUAAAACGAAAGUUUCACAUUUUGACUUUGAA